AUGUCGAAGGCCGAUCAACUCGUCAUUGAACGGCGCUUACGACCGAUUUACGAUGCCAUUGACGCUGGUAAUCCCAAAAAAGCCGUUCAAGAAGCUGACAAGGUCUUGAAAAAGCAUCCUGUAACAAUUUGUGCAAAGGUGCUCAAAGCGCUGGCACUCAUCCGAUCAGACAAGCUUGCCGACGGUUUUGAAAUCAUCAACAAUUUAGACGUUCCCGGAGCACAUUUUGAUGACAGCACGUUGCAGGCUUUUGUUCACUGUUUCAAGGAAGCGGGUUGUCCUGACAGAAUAACAACUCUCUACGAGCGUGCUGUUGCGGUUUCUCCUAGUGAACAGAAUCUUACACAUCUUUUCAUGGCUCACGUAAGAAAUAGGUCGUAUAAAAAUCAGCAAUUGAUCGCAAUGCGUUUAUUCAAGGAGUUCAACAAUACUCCAUAUUUCUUUUGGGGUGUAAUGAGUAUAGUUAUGCAGGCUCGUGAAAGUCCAGAGAUGGGCGCAAAAAUGUUCUACCCUCUCGCGGCAAGAAUGGUCGAAAGUCAUAUAUCAAAACACGGAUACAAAGCAGGAGCAGAGGUAGAACUGCAUGCAAUGGUUUACGAAGGCAUGGGAAAGUUCUUAGAGGCGGAAAAGUUAUUAGGCACCGAAGAAUCUCGGGCUCUUCUUUCUACACCUCCAACAUUCCUCAUGGCUCGUAGGCUUGAACUCCUUUUGCUUGCAAAAGAUUACCAAACUGUGAUGAAUAGGGCCAUAGAAGGAUUGAGCAUAGACCCUGAUGACUGGAUAUUGUGGAAGAUGCUGUUUGAUUCAUCAUUUGAGCUGCUCAAGGAAGCAAAGGAUGAGGACGAGCAAUCGAAGGAAUUACCGCUCUUCUGCUUCUCGUUCUAUUUCAUGAUUUUGAACGAGUUAUUGCAAACGAUCAAUGCGGAUGGCAUGUCUACAAGCCGGCUACGUGGCCCUCACCUAGCCCGAUUAGAGCUUUUGGGAAGAUUCCUCCGACAGGAUGAGCCUAUCCGUGGUCUUCUGGAAAAGAUGAAUUUAGGUAGUGCCAUAGACAUGAUGAUAAACUAUGUGCUGAGGUUUUAUGCGAAGCCAUGUUGCUAUAAUGAUAUUGCUCAAUAUCUGUGGAUGUUAGAUGAUGCCAACAAAGGAGAGCUCAUUGAUGGUUUGAAAGAGUUCAUCGACAGUGUAAUUCAUCAAAGAGAGCAGGCUGGGGAAGAUCGUGUAACUAUGAUGCUAUUCCUAGGAGUGCUGCUAUUUUUAUGGUGUACAGUGCGUAACAGAAUUAUGCAGCCCAGAUUUCGGCUCUAG